AUGGUUAAAAAAGGCAAUCUCGUUAAGGUUACCCAUCGGUGUCUCGUGAAAUUCUCUAUUGGCAACAAGUACACAGAUGAGCUAUGGUGUGAAGUUAUACCCAUGGAUGCAUGCCAUAUUCUCUUGGGGGAUCCAUGGUUAUAUGAUCGGCGUGUGAAACAUGAUGGUUUUCGUAACACGUAUACGUUUAAGCAAGAUGGCCUUAUCGUUACCCUCGCAUUGUUACGCCUCAAGGAUGCUCCACCUGAUAGUGUCUUAACAUCAGGGGCUGCAUUUGUGGGCCUCACUCAUUCUUUAAACCCCACAAUUAUUUUUGGGUUACUUAUGGUUGAAGAAAACUCGACAACAGAACCCUCCCUAAUGGCUAUUGUCCCAUUACUCACCGAAUUUGCGGACGUUUUUCCCGAAGAUAUUCCUGUCGGGUUACCCAUGAUCCGAGAAAUUCAACAUUGCAUAGACUUUUUACUCGGCGCUAUCAUCCCCAACAAACCAGCAUACAGAAUGAACCCGAAAGAAUCCGCCGAAUUAGAUCGCCAAGUCACUGAUCUAUUGGAAAAGGGGCUUAUCCGAGAAAUUAUUAGUCCAUGUGUUGUGCCCGCGUUACUAGUUCCAAAACUAGGAGGCGCGUUCCGCAUGUGCAUUGAUAGUCGGCUUGAUCUUGUUGCUAGUAGUCAGACUAUGACACUAUGCCUACGCGUUCCCCUGCGUGGGAGUUUAUCUAUGUUUUAA